AAAAUACGGACGUAUGGCAACCCUAGUAUUAUGUCUUUGGUUCAGCGUGUUGACCUGCUGCCCAUUCCCAUAGGAUAGUAUGCACCCUGACCCUCCACUGCUAGUGUUUCACGAGCUUCUGAAUGGACCAGUACUAUCCUUCUGCUGCUGCAUCUGCAGACACCGAGCUAUGGCGUACUUUAUAUUCCCAUCGUUACUGGCAACGGUGACCGGAUAAAACCACAACGGACAACAACCCAGUCUCAUAUAUAAAAUAUAAAAUAAAACACUUUUAAGCUUAGGUUAGGUUAGGUUAGUGUUGACAAAUGACAACCCCGUUGGGGUUUUGUGAUGGAAACACUGGCAACAUAGCGCCACUACGCCUCCCUGUCACACUCACAGUCUCGCAGCACAGGCAGCAGUCAGUAUUCCACCAAUAUUAGUGCAGUUGCCACAUCGCGUCUUUCAACGUCCAGUUUUGGAGGGAAAGUGGCAUAAAUGACCUUCAAAUGUGGCCACAGACUGAUUCUUAAGUAAUCUAGAGAUACUUGCCCUUCUGUUUUGAGGGUUAAAAAAAUUCAAGAUAAUACAUUCUCAAAACACAUCAGAAGGCAUGACUGGAAUUAUGGACUGUAUGGUAACUUAAAUUAUUAAAGAAUUUGUCCUUACCAAAAUUGAGGUAUAACAUUACAGUAUACAGUACUAUUGCAUAGGUGAUGGACUGAACUUCUUUUUUUUUUCUUUUUUAUCAAAUUGCUGCUGGAAUUGUUAAAACUCGCAUUACAUGAAGUUUAUAAUCACUAAGCAAUACAGCUUUUGAAUUCCACACACUAUAAUGAGUAAAUUUAAGCAGCUACACAGUUAUCAGAUUGGUGAGGAAGAACUUCACGUAUUUCGCUUGAGUUCAGUAAUAAACUCGAGCGGUAAAGAUACCCUGUGUAAGAUCUUUCAGUGGGGAUGUCAGAAACCUGAAGGAAUGUCCCUCAGAGAGUAUCUUGUGAAUUGUAAGGGGAUGCCAACUAAAAUAUUUCAAAGGAACUUCAACAAGGCACAAAUACACAAAAUAGAGACAGAUCACACUGGCAAAACAUAUGACAUCACUUUACUUUUUAUUUGUAUUCAGUUAGCGUGUGCAAACUUGGCACCCAAACACGACCCUAUCUGGUUAACUCACGAUGAUUCUCGACUGGAAUCUAUCAUCAAUGAUUUAAAACAACUUAGAAAUAUUGUGUUUCACAGCCACCUACAGAACAUGACACAAAAUGAAAUGGUAAAAAAAAUGGAGGAAUUAAGAAAUUUGCUGACAAAUUCUCUAAAAGUGGCUGGCUCACUGUAUCAACAACCAUGCGAGGAAAUUGAAGAACACAUCAGACACAUCAAUGAUCUGAUAAAUGAGACUCGUGACUCCCCUCUUUCUCCAGCUGCUCUCCAGUGGCACAGUAAGAACAAUGGUAUAGCUAUCGAUCACAUGAAGAUGAUAUUAAGUGACUCUGGUACAAGUGAACUUAGAAGAAUAUAUGAGAUGGAGUCUCAGGUAGACCCAGUCACAUUACUCACUGGAGGUAAGAGUCUGGAGAUAUCAUCAAUUUUCACAAAAAUAGAAAUGGUUUAUGAUACUCGGCAGAAGAUAAGCAUGGAGCCAAAUUAUGAAAAUAUUCUUGAUAUCAGAAACAGUGUUGGAAAGAAACCAUCUAUUAUAUUAGUGGAAGGAGUUGCUGGGACAGGCAAAACGACUCUGUGCAAACUGUUACUGUCUGACUGGUCAAAGCACAGUAAUUUAAUUUCUGGAUUAGAUCAGUGUGAUUUAUUGUUUCACAUCAGAUGCCGUGACUCUACCAUUACCAGCUUCAUGGAGUUCUUGUUGUCUCGACUACCCAAGACUUCACUUCAUUUUAAAGACGAGGACUUGAUCAAAUCUGUGUUGAGCUUAAAGGUCCUGGUUAUAGUAGAUGGUUUAGAUGAGCUCAACAGCUCUUCAAAGAGGCUGGUGAAUGAAUUACUUCACAAACACUUUAAGGGAAACACAGAGAACCUGCGUAUGAUCUGCACAACACGACCAGAGAGCAUUUCCGUCUUGUACAAGAUGGUUCCCUCAGGUGUUGAACUGUGUCACUUGAAGCUGGCUGGGAUUUCAAAGGACAGAAUGACUGAGUUUGUCACAAAGUUGGAUCAGGGGAUGAAGAGAAGCGGAAUGAGCACAAAAGAUACCGAAGGUCUUAUCAACUUUCUAAGGACAUCGCCUCGCCUCUCGGAACAUUUUCGCCUUCCACUUAAUCUGGUCCUAAUGACGUAUCUUUGGGUUGCACAUCCUAAUGCAGUGAAAUGGUUAACAUCUGCAACCAGUCUCUAUACUACUUACAUGAAGUUUACACAGGAAAAGCUGAUAGAAAGACUGAACAGAAAAAAACAAGAUUUGUGUGUAGAAAGUAUUGAAAAGCGAUACACCGAAUUCCUAGAAGCUUUGUACAGAGAAAGUUUAUUAGCAUUACAAAAGGAUAAAUUAUCCCUGGAAAGAGAAAGUAUAGAUCACUUAGUAGAUGUUUGCAGGAAGCUCCAUCUGCCAUCAGCCGAGUUAUUUUCUGCCACACUGACUCACAGGGAGAGUUACACACAAUCUGAGUAUUCGGAGAGAUUUAGUUUUCCUCAUAAAGGAAUACAAGAUUUCUAUUCCGCACUAUACAUCUUGACAACCCUAACCAAAACUGAUGUGGAGAAAACUAUUGAAAAUAUAACUAGAGGAAUAAAAAAGGCCUUGGAAACCAGAUACAUAUCUGCUGAUGUCUGCACAGAUAUUAUCAAGUUUGCUGAAAACCGAAUUUCUGCAGCAUUAAGUAAACCUAAAAGUAUAUAUGAGGUUAUUGAGGAACUAAACCAGGAGGAACAAGAGGAACUGCAUCUCAAUAAAUACCAGAAUAUAUUAAUGCAUCUAGCGGGCCUUUUAACAAAGAAGAGCAACAUGUUAGAAAAAUAUGCAGAAGAAAUAGUGAACUUUUUAGUAAAAUCGGGAGUCAGAAACCCAGAGCAGUGGCUAAAUGUGUUAACUGAGGCAGAGUGUAACCCUGUGCUGGCAGAACAUAUUAGUAAGGUCAUCUUCAAAGACCGUUGGAAGGUAAGGGACGGGAAUAUUCAAGCUGCAUCUGCGCUUUUGAAAUUUGUUAAGGUGGAAAACAUAGAGUUGGACAUCAGUAAUGACCCUCAAAGUCUUCCAGGUUUUGUGGAACUUUUGCAUCAGGUUUCUCAGUUUGAAUGUGUCAUCCAGCUUUACCUUCACCACCACUGGCGUCACAUUGAGAUGGACUGCUCUGACGACUUCCUCAACCACCUCAAGGUCCAGCAACACCACACUGGAUUACAAGUGACAAAGAUCAUGGUGUCUGUUAAGAACAUCUCUGUCCUCUUUCCUACGUUAGAUAUCCUCUAUCUAGGGAUUGGGAAAGAGUAUGUAGAGAAUACAGUUGAUUCCCCAGACUACCUCACAACCAGGAUGACUAAAUUACAAUUCCUCUACUUGCAUGUGCUGGCGAGAGUACCAUUAGAGGUCCUUCCACAGUUACCCAAGAAGAUGUUGAUGGUGGAUCUGUGGUUCUCAAGUGUGAAAGAUGAAGAUGUAGAGUGGGUGGGGAAAGCGACUCUCAAACUACAGGGAGUGAAAAUUAUCUUCUGGAGUAUCAGGUUCCCAAGAAGUGAACUUACAGUAAAUGGAUGUAAAUUACUGGCAACUCACUUGGAGGGAGUUCGUCUGGGUAUGUCCGGAGUGCAAGUUUCCUCCUCCAGAAUCAAAGCUGUGGAGGUUGAGGAACUAAACCCGAUAUUUUUGAUGAAAUUAAGAAGCACACUCAAACUAAUCAGUGAAGCAGACAUUUGGGAGUUAUAGAUUACCUCCAACUGACACCACCAUCUCUCCAACUAACAAUGGACUUGCCUUAACUUGAAAGAAGUUUGUCAAACUUAGGUUACAGAGUCAAUGAUGCAGAAGUUUGGGAAUUAUAAUCACCUCAAGAUUAUUUCCAAGUGACAAGAGGAUCUCCAGCCAACAUGCAUCUCCCUAUUGGACCAUAAUGCCUACCAUGGCUUGGAAUUGGUCAACUUUCCUUGUGUUGGUCUUGGGAACAAUAUCUAAUUGUCAGUUUGAAUUGUACAGUAUGACUUUUAAGUCUCCUAUAGGACUCCUAGAAGGCCUAACCAGUGUUGGAUGAUGUCACUGAGUGCUGGUGUGAGUCACAGAGACAACUGGUGCCUCAAACGUGAUUUAUUUCUCUUUGAGCCCAGUGGCACCAGUUUGAGUCAUACAACUCUCAUAAUUUUUAUAUAAACAAGUUUAGGGAAAUAGUUAUAAAGCUUCAAAUGCAUCUUGAUCACUACUGUGAUAUCCCUCUGAACAAUUUUUGACAAGCUAAGUUUAAGGUUAAUCAUCAUCAUUUUAGAGCCAUUUUCUGCACUUGCAUGAAUUACCUACUAUAACCUAAUGGAAGCUUUACAUUCUAUGCAAUCUUUCUUGUCAGGUUCUUAACUCGAAUGUUAUAUCUUACAACCUCUGCCCCUGGCUCUCCUCCCCAUAACAUUUAAACUCAUGCAUCUCUUGACCCAGUUGGUCUCAUCCAUUUAUCCACAUGCCUAAACUAUCCCAGCCUAUUUCUAUGUAAAAUAUUGUCAAUAUUAUCAAUAUCCAGCUGCCAUCUUAGCUCUGAAAAGGGAUUCCUAUUUUUCAGGGUCACAUUGUACAUCUACCUCACCAUCUCAUUUCAUCUUGUUCAAAUCUUUUGUAUAUAUAUAUGUCACCAUCACUGCUAUAAAACACCCAACUUCUCGCAUCAUUUGCAUAGAGAGAAGAUCUAGCCAUCGGUACAGUAAUGGUUGAUCUCUAUGAUAUACAGUCAACCCUCGCUUUACGCGGUCCCACAUUACGCGUUUCCACGUUUACGCGGUUCCCUGCCGAAACCGGAAUGCUCACUUUCCGCGGUGCGUGUACCCCUUUACGCGGAGAGCGGCGCG